GUCUGUAUUCACAUGACUGUACAUCUAUACACGAUAUCGUAAUUUCCGUAGUGGCCUACAGAAUUCACUAAGCUUUCGAGAUAUCUCGCGCUCAGCUAGGCCUACGUCAAAAUGUCGGGAAAAGAUAAGAUUGUCGUAUUUCCAUCUCGUAUGGCCUUGACAAACAUGAAGGGUCGUUUAAAAGGAGCUCAGAAGGGACACAGUCUGCUGAAGAAGAAGGCCGAUGCGCUGACACUGCGGUUCCGGCAGAUUCUACGGAAAAUCAUUGAGACCAAGACAUUAAUGGGUGACGUGAUGAAGCUGGCAUCAUUGUCUCUAGCAGAAGCCAAGUUCGCCUCCGGAGAUUUUAAUCACAUGGUGCUUCAAAAUGUUACCAAAGCAAAGACCAAAGUACGAUCAAAGAGGGACAAUGUAGCAGGUGUUCUACUUCCAGUUUUUGAACAUUACACCGACGGCAGUGACACAUAUGAGCUGACAGGAUUGUCUCGCGGUGGUCAGCAGAUUGACAAACUGAAAAAGAAUUAUGACAAGGCGGUUCAGCUGCUGGUUGAACUAGCCUCCCUUCAGACGUCAUUUGUCACCCUGGAUGAAGUCAUCAAAAUCACUAACAGACGUGUCAAUGCAAUAGAACAUGUCAUCAUUCCACGCAUUGAGAACACCAUCGCCUACAUCACCUCUGAGCUAGACGAGCGAGAGAGGGAGGAGUUCUACCGUCUCAAGAAGAUCCAGGAGAAGAAGAAGAUCAUCGUGGCCAAGAAAGAAGCAGAGAUGAAGGCACGCAAAGAGGCGGGAGAGGAGUUUGAGGAAGCCGGGAAUCUCAUCGAGGAUGAUAUGGAUGAAGAUUUACUCUUUGAAACUUGAAAUGAACUCUUAGGUGUUAGCGAGAAUCAUAUUAUUAUUUUCAAUUUUAAUUAUAAAUAUGGUAUUGAACCGUUAAUGUUUAGCUUGCAAUAUCUGGGAGCUAUUGCUGUAGAAGUAAUAAUGCCAAAUGCAAUGGCUGGAUGGUCCUUCAUUCUUACUCAUCCCAAAACAAGACGGUCAAUAACAGUUGACUUACUUUCUUUAAUGACACCUUCGAAAAACAAGAGAAAAGGAAGAAUCACUCCAUGUGAAAGAUGGUAUUGACUGCAUUGACUGUAUUUCUGUUUUUUAACAACUCUGGCAAAAUUCCGGUGAAUUUUUGAUGUCAGUUUUCAGCUAUAAUUGCUUUUGGACAUUUUGUUCUACUUGAAAGUUUUCCUGCUUGAAAGAUAAUUCCUUUUUGUGCUAAAAAAGAAAUAUUCUCAUUUAUGCUUCUCAUUUUUUUCUCUCCAUAUUUAUUGGGUAUGACCAAACACAAAUGAUUCAUAGUUUUCAUGCUUUUUUCCAACUCUGUAAGGUGGGAUUACACAUGUGCGUCACAUUUGCAAAGUCUGUUUGCUCCCACAAAGCAUACACAGACAACUUUGCCUUAGAUGAAAUGCAUUCGGCAUCCUUAAUCUGCUGGGAGGGGGGGCUUUCAGUAGCAAUACAGAUGUGUUUGUCUUGCAUGGAGUAGAAUUUUUCCAUGCAAAGUGACUUAUAAACUUGAAAUUGCUGAUUUUUCCUUGGAGUAUCUUGGCUGAAGAACCAACUGCUGAAGGCAAAGCCAAGGGAAAGCUGCUUUUCUAUUCAAAAUAGUUCAUAACAUGCUGUAUUUUGUUGCAUUCUGGCUGCCCUAUGAAGGGCAACUUCUUGUGCAUAAAAUUAGUAUUGCAUCGGGACACCAACAUCAAUGUUGAUUGCUCGCCAUUAUUUGUGGGUCUGCCGGAUUGGUCAACUGGUUAAGAAAUUUUUACGGGUAAGCAUGUCUUGGGUUGAACUGUGGACUGGCUUUCCUUACAAGCUUACAGAGAGCAUUAGACAGUUCUGUUCUCAUGAUACAUUGUGAGAAGAGCUACAUGGAAACUGGAGUUUUAGGAAACAGUACCUACUUUUGAAAAGACUUCCAUAGCUAUAUGGUAGAGUUGACACUGUUUCAGGGACUUGUUUAGUGAUCAGUUGUAAAAUAUCACAUUGUGCACAGGGAGGUGAUAGUUGUGUUUUCUCAUGUGACAAAGUAACUCGGUUCAAGGCCAUUGAAAAAGUGAGACCAAGAAGAUAGAGGGCAUGGUGUAGUGAUAGUCUUGGAGGGAUUGGAAUUAUGUAAUUGGUCAUGUAUGCAACUAGUCAUGCAAGCCUAAGAAAAGUCCAGUGGGGACUCGACAACAUUUGAGCUGUUUAAAAAAGCUCUGAUCACAUUUGAAAUUAACAAAUUUAAUUGAAACCUUUCAGAGGACAUAUUUGAUUAUUAUAAUAGUGGUGUACAUGUAUAUCACGGUGAAGUACUGUUUAUGAAACUGUUUAGAAUGUAUUAAUAUUGUGUAUUAAAGUGGUUAUGAAAAUGUGUAAA